AUGUUGGUUGCGCGAUGUGGUCUACGAAUGUCGUCAUGGUUGGUUCAUCGACGUCAUAUUAGCUUGUCGAGUGCCUCCACAUCUUUCUGGAGAAAUACUUGGAAAAACGUCAAAGGAUUUUUGACCCAGGACGAGCAGGAGAACUUCAAUGAGGAAUCCAUUCGAAAGGCGCAUAGGUCAGACGAUUUGAGUGAAAAGGACUGGUUGCUUAUAUACAGAGAUAAAGGCGCUUCACAGUCGUUUAUUCUCGUUGGCAUUGCAUUUCCUGUAAUAAUUGGAACCCUUUGUGUCAUUGGAUACGACAUAUACACAAAUGAGCAGCGAGAUCGGUUUGAUUUCGUGCAGCGACUUCUUCGCGAUGUAGAGGAGAUAGGCCUCUUUGCCAUUGUGCCUGGAUUCGCGGCCGUAUUAGUGGUUCUCACGGUGAUUCGGAUGCAGCAGUUACGAAUCAUGAGAAUCUAUCAAAACAGGAAGAGCAUUGAUGAUUAUUUGGCGAUUGGUUCAAGAAGUGUUCUUCUAAAACAUCGGGUUUGCCUAUGUUUAUUCCGUCUUACUAGGAAAGUACGCUAA